AUUUGUCGUUUUUUUGGGCAAUUAGCUUUUUCGCUGAGCCGAAGUUUCCUUCCAAAGUACGCACACGCGGAUCACCCAGCAGGCAGCAGCAUGUGAAAGCCCAGCUGAGUAAGGAAUUUUGAAACCUAGAUUUGGUUUAGGAACACUCAGAGAGAAUAGCUUCAUCCCCUAAACUUUGCCCAGACGAAGAAAUACCUUGUCUCUUCCUCAAACAAAGCAAACCCACCCCCCCAUCUCUCUUGCCCUUAUCUGUCUCUUUUGCUCCCCCCUGGAAGCUAAACAUCACGUUCAACUCCCACACCAUCCCACUAGUAGUCUUCAUAGUGUUUCCAGGGAGAGGAGGAGGGACAGAGAGAGAUGUCGGACUGGGGGCCGGUGUUCGUGGCGGUGGUGCUGUUCAUACUGCUCACCCCGGGGCUGCUGAUCCAGAUACCGGGCCGAUCCAGAUUCAUCGAGUUCGGCAACUUCCAGACCAGCGGGGCCUCCAUACUCGUCCACUCCAUCCUCUACUUCGCCCUCAUCUGCAUCUUCUUGUUAGCCGUCGGCGUCCACAUGUACAUCGGUUCUUAGCCCUUCGCUUUUUCUCCCUGUCCUUUUCUUUCCGCUGCUUGGGAAGAGACCCGGAUGAUUUUCUCUGUGGAUUGAUUGCUUAGCUACGAUCUCUUUUGUUUCUCUCUUUUUGGAGUUUUGGGUCUCUGAAGAAUGUUUUACAUAGACUGGAAUUGGAUUCUAUUUGUCUAACGAAAUAUCGCCAUCGUAUUUCUCGAUCUA